AUGUCUGAGGAAAGAAUUCUUUUUUUACAAUCCGAAAAUGCAAAGCAAUAUGGUCAAGAUUCCAAACUGAUUAAUUUGAUAAAAAACAUUAUCAAGGACUAUCCUCAUGAAUCCGUAUUUCGCGAGUUCUUGCAAAAUGCAGAUGACGCUGGGGCCCGAACCUUUCGUAUCAUUGUUGAUGAACGUUCAACAAAUCAAUAUGAAUCUUUAAUAUCUAAAGGAAUGAAAGAUUGGCAAGGUCCAGCAAUCUGGAUUUAUAAUGAUGCUAUGUUUAAUGAACAUGAUUUCAAUGCUCUACUCAAUAUUCAUGAAGGAGGAAAACGCGCUGAUCCUACAAAGAUUGGGAAAUUUGGAAUUGGUUUCAAUUCAUGUUUUCAUUUUACUGAUGUCCCUAGUUUUGUUAGUGGCAAAUAUAUUCAAUUUCUAGAUCCACAUGAAAAAUUUCUUGGUAAACAACGUGGUCUUCAAAUUAAUUUCCUUAAAAAUGAAAAAUUUAAACACUUAUUUAAAGAUCAAUUGGCUCCAUAUAUUGGAGUGGAAGGUUGCAGAUUUGAUCAAAAAUUUGAAGGAACUUUAUUCAGAUUACCUCUUCGUAUUCGUCCAAGUGAAAUUUGUGACGAAAUUUUUAAUACAACUAAAAUUUUGAACUUUUUAGAAAAAUUGAAAUCUACUGCUAUUUCGGAACUACUCUUUUUCCGAAAUAUUGAAUCUUUUGAAGUGAUGCAUAUAGCUGCUAAAUCUUCUCCUCAUCAAGUUGCUUUAAAGUGGAAAGUUAAUUUAACUGAUAUUACUAGAGAUAUUCAAAUUAAAAGACGUUGCACGGAUGAAAAAUUUACUUCAUUUCGUUUAAAUGUAGAAUUUCAUGAUGGUAUCAAAAGUAUUUCAAAUUUAUGGCAAGUUUGUAUUGGUGGUCAAAAAACUGUCGAACCCGAAGAAUUAGCCAAGUUUGCAGAACGCCAUCGAAUGUUACCACGAGGAGGUGUUGCUGCUUUAUUACCUUUACGUAACAAAAUAUCUAACGAGUUUGAAAAAAAUAGAGAUGAAGGUCGAUUAUAUUGUUACUUACCUUUACCUCAAAUGACUUACCUCCCAGUACAUCUUAAUGGUAAUUGGGCAUUAUCAUCAGAUAGAUCUACCGUUCUUUUAAACAAUGAUUCUUUAGCAGAUAUGGAUAAAUCUAAAUUGGCAUGGAAUCGACACUUAUUAUUAAAGAUCUUGCCUCAACUUUAUGUUAAACUUUUAGAAGAAAUUGUAAAUUUUGCAAAUAAAAGUGACAUUAUAGCUUAUAAACAAAUUGUAGAAUAUUUUUGGCCUUUACCAAGAAAUAAAGAGAAAAAUAAUAGUUAUGUUACAGAAUUUGGACGUGAAGCUCUUAGAAAACUUCCUAUUGAUAAACCUUUAUUUUGGUCAACUACUGAAGAUGGUUCUUAU